AUGGAGAGUUUUCGGGCAAGUCUGGGGCACCUCACUGCCACUGGGAUGAGAGCCCGUGUUUACUGUGAAGACUUUCUGUUCCCAAAGGUGCACAGAGCUAUGGCAGAGCUGUGGUGGAUUUACUCCAAGCCUGUCCCAGCAGAUGGCAGAGAGCUAUGGGCCUUGUUUCUGCAGUGUUCCUGCAUUACAGUAGUGAUGGGAGGCCUUUUUUACAGCUGGAUGUUUGCUUCCCUGGAGUACUCCUGGCACCUCUCCAUCGCCAUGGCUGUCUCCUUCAGUCUGCUCCUUCUCCUGACUCUCUUUGUAGUGCAUCCUGCCCGCUGUGUCUUCAGCAUGAUCAUGCCCACAUUAGGAACCAAACAGGGCAGGAAGCUUCUCUUCUCCACCUGCUUCAUGAUUGCAGUGGUGAACAUAACACCCAACAUCAUCAGCAACAUUAAAACCAUACUGCAGGUUAUUAAGUGCAUCUGCAAGAACUCCUCUGACAGCCUUCUGAACUCAACUGCCCUGCUAGAGACAGUUUCCUGGGAGUUUGGGGAUGCAAUCCAAGAAACCAUUCAUUCCAUUUAUAAGCCUAUGAAUGGACAUUUUCGCUUUUCAUUGCUUCAGAACAGCUCCUUGAUUUACCAAAAAAUGCACCUUGCUGGUGAGAAAAUUAGCAGAGAAUUCCUGUCUGUUGAGGUACUGGUCAAAGACUCUGUACGAGUGGCCAACAGGCUGGCUGCUGGUUUUUUCAUGCUCUAUCUCUGUUUUGAGUCCACCUGGUAUUUGAAAAAUUAUCUCACAGAUCUCCGCUUUGACAACUUUUACAUCACCAAGAAGCUGGAGCGUUUAGCCACAGACAGAAGAGCAGCUCAUCUCCUGGUGGGCUCCUCCAAAAAGCUCAUCCGACCCACAGGCUUGAGGCUGUCCUGGGAAGAGGUGGCUCUGUGCCUCGUGCGAGCCAUGCUGGUCACCGUGGCCCUGAUGCUGAUGCUGGUGCUGGUGGCCAUGGACCACUUUGCGUUCAGUGUGGCAGACACGGCGGUGAGGAAGGCAGCUCAGUUCUCUGCAGUGCCCGUCACUCUCAACAUCAGAUACAAGGUUGAAAUAGGGCCCGUGCCCUUUCUAUUCAAAAUUUUCAGGCGUCCUUCUGAGGAAUUACUGCUCGGGGACUUCAACAAGACCUACCACCAUCAUCUGGUGUUCAGCUCUGCCCGCUGCAGGACCAGCGCCCCCACAGCUCCCAAUCGCUCGGUGCUGCUGGCUGUGGGGCUGCUGUUCCUCUUGCUGUACAGUACAGUGCUCCUGGAGACGCUGGCGCGCCGCCUGUGCCGGCAGAUCGCAGCCUCCUUCUUCCCCAGCCGCGAGCAGAGACGGGUGCUCCACCUGUACGGGAGGCUGGCCAGGAGGCACAGGAAGGAGCAAAGCCCUGGGAAAGCUGCUGCUUUUGGGUGUCAGGGGGAUGUCUGACACCACAGCGCAGGCUUCUGCCGCGGGAUCGCACGUUUGAUUUUCCAGAGUUGGAGAAGUGUUUGGAGCUUGCGGGAAAAAAUACUAAAAUUGAAAUGUCAAAUUUUGCAUU